AUGGAACCCAAGUCGAGGAACAGCAGCCCGCAACGGCGGGGCCGCUCUGAAAAGCCGGGGUCGCGGUGGAAUGGCGUCGGGAACGGCGACGCGACGAGCACGGCAUCCGUGCGCAUCCAGACUCGGAGACCUCGCUCAAGCUCGUCGUCGUCGUCCUCGACCGAGAGCAGCACCUCGACGACGACGGUCGACAUCGGCGAGAUCCUGAAAUCCAAGUUGGCGUGGAUUCCGGAGAAUUGGACCUGGCCCUGCUUGAAACCAGUCAUUCGAUGCGCAAUCCAUGCCUGGGUCGGCGCGUUGUUGUUUGCGAUUCCCAAGGUGCAGAGAUGGAUGGGCCAGGGCGCAUUUCUUAUUCUUAUAGCCUCCUUUUUGUCACCCCCAAACGACCCCUUCAUUUCGGUGCUGGAGAGGGAACUUUUGAUUCUCAUUUUCGUGGGCAUUGCCUGGGCGUGGUCCUGCCUUGCGCUGGCCUUAGCGGACCUUGCCCGCACCAAUCACAAUCCAAAUGCGACUAUCGUUGAGGUACUCGACGGACGAUACAUAGAAACGGGGCCCAGUGUAAUUAUUGGCGCCUUUCUGGGGCUGGGGAGCGUCUUCUUCCUGUACAUUAAGGCGAGGCAAGGUCCUGGCCCAUACCUAUUCGCCUCUAUCUUUAGUUGUAUUUGUCUCGACAUUACUCUCACCACAGCCGCAUUUUUCCCCUAUCCAUACUAUAAACUCGGCCUCAACAUCUUCCUGCCUCUGGCCAUCCACACCUGCAUCUCCCUCGCCACGUCUGUUCUCGUAUUCCCAGCGACCAUCUCUGCACAACUCACCAAUCGCCUGCGAGACGUUCUUACUCCGCUGUCCAGCUGUCUAGACAUGCAUCGCACUCUCCUACAGUCCAUUCCAGGAACAGAAGACUUCUCCGAGCGAUCAGAAGUUCUUCGCAAGACGACGGCCAAGUCAGAGUCAGGAUUGAUAGCGGUGGCUGCUGCUGUCAGGCUUCUGGGCAACGACUUCAUCUUUUGUCGUUUCUCUCCAGAAGACUUCAAGCCAUUCCAAGUCCUGUGUAGACGGCUGACCGGCCGCGCUCAUGGAAUGGUGACCUACUUUGGGCUCAUUGACCCCUUCCGGGAGACCUUUCCGACUUUCUCUGUCCCUAACACGCCUGCGCCGGGGACGCCGAGCAUCAUGUCCCGAGCUCAUUCUCCUGAGCGGGUUGAUUCUGGGCCGCCGACACCCACUUUAUCCGUGCGCAACCUUCCGGUCACGCCUGCACCGUCCGCAAUGUCCUUCCAUAUGCAUUCACGGUCGGGCUCUGGCCAAAACCUUGCAUCUGGGCGACACUCGCACUUCGGUCCCCACCUCCUUCACCAGUCGCUCCUGAACUUGUCAUUAAGGUCAAGACACAGACGGAACGAGUAUGCGGUGGGCGUUUUCGAGUCGCAGCGGUACCUCAACCUUGAGGCAAAGAAGCUCUACGACCCUCGUCACGACGAAAAUUCAGCGAUGAGCAUGGCCCUUCUUCGUGAAUGCUGCGACGGUAUCCUCGAGCAGUGUAAGGUUGGUGUUGAGGCCAUUGAAGAAUGGCUCGAUACAGUUCGAGACGGCCGCUUCACUGUUUUCCGUCGGAAGGAGCAACGGAGGAGAAAACAGGAGCGCGUCGAUCGCAUUGCUAUCCUUCGUGACGACCUUUCAAAAGCACUACACGAAUUCAGGACAGAACUCAGAAUGAAAGUCCUUGAUCCUUACCGACCCGCCUUUGAAACCACGCCGACAAUGACUUUAGACGACGAUGACGACUAUCACCAUCAUCACGAUAUUCCACCUCAUAGACAUUUAUUCCGUUGCUACGUGUAUCAAUACCAUUUAAUCCAGUUUACUGAAAUUGUAAUCGAAAGUUUGGACGAGAUACUUAGAUUAGAGAAGGAGAGAGGGUCUGCGCAGUUGUGGACCCCUGUCAAGCAUUACUUCUGGUGGAGCCCCAGCGAUGUUCCGGAAGGCCUCGAGAAGGACGAGGACGAUGAUCCAGAUAUUAUUCGCGGCCUGCCUAAUGUUCAGGCGGAUUCGGAUUUGGGCCUUGCGCACCGUCGCGACCCAGACGCGCUUCCACCCAGGAAUUGGUUCGAAUGGUUCAUGUAUCUCGUCUACAAAGGCUUCACCCAGCUGUGGAACGGGAACUGCCUAUUUGCUAUUAAAGCUGGUAUCAUCACAACUGUGUUGGCGCUCCCUCUCCUCUUCCAGAGCUCGGCUGCGUGGUCAUAUAGCAACCGAUGGGCAUGGGCAUUGGUUAUGGGGCAGUUGACGCUGGCACGGUUCCGCGGUGACACGACGUUUGGUCUAUUGGCGAGGAUUGUGGCUACAUUCGGCGGCGGGUUGGUCGGAAUGACCAUGUGGUACAUUUCUACGGGCAGCGGAAACGGUAGCGCCUACGGACUCGCCAUCGUCUGUGGUGUAUGCUUCCCAUUCUUUUUCUUUGUGAGACUGUACUGGCCUAUCCCACCCAUGACCAACAUGGUGGCGUUCGUUACCGCGAUUUUGGUGCGUGGCUUUACUGUCUGGAAGGUUGUUGGGUAUUCGUAUCAGAAUACAGUCAUGCCUCAGCCUGGAAAUCCUGGUUUUGGAUGGGAUGUUGCGUGGAGGCGAUUCGUUUUGGUCACUGUCGGUGUUGUCGCAGCUUUCCUCGCCUCUCUUCUGCCACCGAACAUGACCCUCCGACUGUACCAACGCCACAUCCUCUCAACUACCGCCAGUGAAAUUGGCACCAUCUACUGUGCAAUUGUAUCGUAUGCGGCGGAGAACGAUCAGGACAAGAAAGCAUCCAAUGUCCAACCUGUCGUCAGUAGCUUAGUGGCGACGCGGUCCAGGCUGAAUCGGAGUGAACUACUGUGGACCAACAUCAUCUACGAGUUCUCGUUGCGGGGUAGAUGGCCGAAGCAUCGGUACAAACGCGUCCUGGACCUACAACUUGCUAUCUCCUUUUCGCUGUCCCACUUAAUGUCCGUCCUCAAGCAUCUUGAACCAGCGUGGACGCGGGCCUUCCUCCGCCGAGCGAGGUUAUUGGACCCUGAUUUUCAGGGCGACGUCCUGGCCGUUAUCACGAUGAUCUCAACAUCGCUGCGAACUGGACACCCGCUUCCGCAAAUCACGCCCUGCCCGUUGUUGGAUCGAUUCACGAUGAGGAACCAGGGACUCGAUAUCAUUCAUCGCGAUUCAGAAGAAGACUUCGGACUUCCGAGGUUGUUGACGAUGGAUACUUUGAUGGAUGAGCAGUACAUGAUUUUCUGUGUGGGCAUUUCGACUGCCUUUGGUAUCAUCAACAGAUUGGAUAGGUUGAUGCUGGCGGUGAAGGAGAUCGUUGGGGAACAAUACCAUCUGCAUGGGAUUGGGAGUGGAAGUGGGAAUGGAGGUGGGAACUAUCCUCUCAUGUCGAAUCUCAGUCGACCCAGCACGAAGCAGUUCACGCCACCGGCUGUGAAUGUUUGA